UUCAUCGACGUGGGCAGCAACUUCGCCACCUACGCCAUCCAGGAGGACAACCUGCUGGCACAGCUGGUGCAGAACGGAAGGAGAGUGGUCUUCAUGGGCGAUGACACAUGGGAAGGACUCUUCCCGAAGAAAUUUUUCCGCUCAUAUUUCUUCCCUUCUUUUAACGUGAAGGAUCUUCACACUGUGGAUGAUGGGAUCCUGCAGCAUCUCUAUCCGACUGUGGACAGUGGUGAAUGGGACGUGCUGAUUGCUCACUUCCUCGGUGUGGACCACUGUGGGCACAAACAUGGACCUGACCAUCCCGAAAUGGCUAAGAAGCUCACCCAGAUGAAUGAGAUGCUCAGGUCCUUGGUGGAUCACCUGGGGAAUGACACCCUUCUUCUGGUGGCUGGGGAUCACGGCAUGACAGAGACUGGAGACCAUGGUGGCGACAGCGAGAAGGAAGUGAAUGCAGCACUGUUUGUGUACAGCAGAACACCUCUGUUUGGCAGUGGCCCUCCAGAGGAGCCGGAGACCAUUCCCCAGGUGAACCUGGUGCCCACUGUGGCUCUGCUGCUGGGUGUGCCCAUCCCAUACAGUAACAUUGGAGAGGUGAUGGCUGAACUUUUCUCUGGGGAUGGUGAUGCUGUGUCUGCAGCCUUGCAGCAGCUCUCGGUCUAUCACAUCAACGCCAAGCAGGUGGAUCGCUUCCUGCACUCCUACUCGCUGGUGGCUCAGGACCUGCCAGCAGAACAGCUCCAGCGUCUACAGGAGCUCUUCUCCGGUGCCGUGGAGGAGCACACUCAGCUCUUGGCCCAGGUGCAGGGGGCAACACUGGUGCCUUUGGAGCUGGAAUCCAGGCUGGGAAGCCUCAUCAGUCACUUCCAGCGUUACCUGCGGGAGGCACGGGCUGUGUGCACCCAGUCCUGGGCUCGCUUCCACUCUCUGCGUAUGGUGGGGGGCUGCGUCCUCAUCGCUGCUUCCUGCUUGCUCUGCUACGUGGCCUCAGAGCUGGCCGCGUCCUCAGACUCUUUCUAUCGCAGCUGCCUCCUGUACCCGCUGCUCUGGGGCCUCAUGGGGGCUAUUCUUCUUGGACUGGCCCAUGUUUUCACCCAGGAGGGGCUGGAUCUGCUUCUGGGUCGCCUGACUGUGCCAGAAAGCCCCAAGCAGCAGCUCCUUGGCUUUUCUUCUUACCGGAGAGAGAUCUGGUACCUUCUGUGCCUUGUGGCCAUGCUCCUGCUCUGCGUGCGCCUCUCCGGUUUCUUCCACCAGUGCCGUGAAGAAAUUCCUCAGUGCCGGCCCUCUCUUUUCCUCUCCCCCCUUGCCAGCCUGAGGAGCACACGGGCCAAAAACCUCUUCUACCUCCUGUGUGUGGCCUUGCUGGUGGGGCUGGUGUAUGCAGUGCGGAGCUGGCUGCGGCACUACGGCAACCUGAACAGCUCAGACCCCCUCGUGCUCUUUGUGCGCUGGGGUUUCCCACUGGUGGCUCUCUGUAUCACCUGCUACUGGGCCGUUGCCUCCAGUGCUGAUGACUCUCUGGGCAAGCUGCAGGAGCUGGUGCAGGUGGCAGUUGUUGCCUUUCCAUGGGCUGUCUAUGGACUAACAUCCAUGGGACUGCUGCUCCUGCUGUGCAAUCCCAUGACGGUGUUUGCGAAGGACACGCGGGAGUCGGCAGGGUCCAUCGUCACUCCCUACCUGGGGGUUCCAGGCUCCGAAGUCGACUUCCUGCACGUCAUCCCUCAGAUCUACAAGAGGAUGCAGGAGUCUCAGAAGAGCCGGCUGGAGCGGGGCAGCAGCAGGGCCACCGUUGCGGCGUAUGGGCUGGGCAGUGUGUAUUCAGCAGCCCUGGUCAUAGCCCUCACCCUUCUGGGCUUCCUCUUGAUGCUUCUGCACAGUGAGCGGCUGAGUUUCGCCUUCCUGCUUCUUUUCCUGGAGGCCUUCGUGCUGCUGCACAUCCACUCGUGUGCCAGAGGCCUUGCUGGAGAUGCUGAGCCUUUUUCAGUGCCCUGGUAUGCAGUCAUCUCCUGGCUCCUUGCUGCUUCCCAGUUCUUCUAUUCCACAGGCCACCAGCCCAUCUUCCCAGCCAUCCACUGGAAUGCAGCCUUUGUUGGCUUCCACCUUGACCACAGCACAAACCUCCUACCUGCUGUCCUGGUGGGCGCCAACACCUUUGCCUCUCAUAUCCUCUUUGCAGUUGGCUGUCCGCUGCUCCUGCUGUGGCCCUUUGUGUGUGAGAUGCCCAACUCGCAAAGAAAGAAGCCCAAGAAGGAGUCCCGGGAGGAGCUGCAGGAGGUGCAGGAGCACAUGAUGGAGAUGAGGCUGCGGGAGUCUCCAGAGAAGUUCUCUACUGCUCUGCUGCAGCUGGGGCUGAAGUACCUCUUUGUCCUUGGGACACAGCUUCUGGCCUGUGUUUGUGCAGCUAUGAUUCUCAGGAGGCACCUCAUGGUCUGGAAGGUCUUUGCCCCAAAGUUCCUCUUCGAGUCGCUGGGCUUUGUGGUGAGCAGCAUCUGUCUCCUGCUGGGGAUCUCCCUGGUGAUGCGUGUGGACUGUGCUGUCAGCGCCUGGUUCAGCCAGCUGCGGCUCAGGUAG